AACCGCUGCUGGAUCCUGUUUCUGAGCAAACAUCUGCUCAUCUGUUUCACGAGACACUUCUGAUUCCAGGACGUACGUCUGAAAGAAGAAGAAGAAGAAUGAGUCCUCCCAGAAAGAAACUGGGAGAACGAGAGGGACUCAAGCAUCACCGCUGUGAGCUCUGUGAGAAAUCCUUCACAACAGCUGGAAGCCUGAAGGUUCACCAAUGGGUUCACACUGGAGAGAAACCGUACAGCUGUGACCAAUGUGGGAAAGCUUUCACCACGGCACAGGUCCUGAGACAACAUCAACGUGUUCACACUGGAGAGAAACCGUACAGCUGUGAGCAGUGUGAGAAAACUUUUUCACAAAGAGGUCACCUUGUUGCUCACCGACGCGUUCACACUGGAGAGAAGCCCUACAGCUGUGACCAGUGUGGGAGUGAUUUCACCACGGCAAAGAGCCUGAGACAACAUAAACUAAUUCACUCUGGAGAGAAGCCGUACAGCUGUGACCAGUGUGGGAACGCUUUCACCACGGCACAGGUCCUGAGACAACAUCAACGUGUUCACACUGGAGAGAAACCGUACAGCUGUGAGCAGUGUGAGAAAACUUUUUCACAAAAAGGUCACCUUGUUGCUCACCGACGCGUUCACACUGGAGAGAAGCCCUACAGCUGUGACCAGUGUGGGAGUGAUUUCACCACGGCACAGAGCCUAAGACGACAUCAACGUGUUCACACUGGAGAGAAACCGUACAGCUGCGACCAGUGUGGUAAUACUUUUUCACAAAGUGACCACCUUAAUGUUCACCGACGUGUUCACACUGGAGAGAAACCGUACAGCUGCGACCAGUGUGGUAAUACUUUUUCACAAAGUGACAGCCUUAAUGUUCACCGACGGGUUCACACUGGAGAGAAGCCCUACAGCUGUGACCAGUGUGGGAGUGAUUUCACCACGGCACAGAGCCUGAGACGACAUCAACGUGUUCACACUGGAGAGAAACCAUACUGGUGUGAACAAUGUGGGAAAACCUUUUCACAAAGUGGUGACCUUAAAGUCCACUUACGAGUUCACACUGGAGACAAACCAUACUGGUGUGACCAGUGUGGGAGUGAUUUCACCACGGCACAGAGCCUGAGACGACAUCAACGUGUUCACACUGGAGAGAAACCGUACAGAUGUAGCCAGUGUGGUAAUACCUUUUCACAUAGUGACCACCUUAAUGUUCACCGACGUGUUCACACUGGAGAGAAACCAUACUGGUGUGAACAAUGUGGGAAAACCUUUUCACAAAGUGGUGACCUUAAAGUCCACUUACGAGUUCACACUGGGGAGAAACCUUACAGCUGUGACCAGUGUGGGAACGUCUUCACCACGACACAGAGCCUGAGACAACAUCAACGCAUUCAUACUGGAGAGAAACCGUACAGCUGUGACCAGUGUGGGAACACUUUCACCACAACACAGACCCUGAGGCAACAUUAUCGUAUUCAUACUGGGGAGAAACCGUACAGCUGUGACCAGUGUGGGAGCGCUUUCACCAUGGCAACGACCCUGAGACGACAUCAACGCAUUCACACUGGAGAGAAGCCGUACAGCUGUGACCAAUGUGGGAAAGCUUUCACCACGGCACAGAGCCUGAGAAACCAUGAACGUAGUCAUACUGGAGAGAAACUGUACAACUGUGAUCAAUGUGUAAAAGCUUUCACCACAUCACAGGGCCUGAGACAACAUCAACCCAUUCACAUUGGAGCAAAGCCGUACGGCUGCUACCAAUGUCGGAAGGCUUUCACCACAGCACAGAAUCUGAGAGAACAUAUACAAGUUCACAUGGGAGAGAAACCGUACUGGUGUGAACAAUGUGGGAAAAGGUUUUCUCGGAGUAGUCACCUUAAAGUGCACCAACGCAUUCACACUGGAGAGAAACCGUACUGGUGUGAACAAUGUGGGAAAAGGUUUUCUCAGAGUAGUUCCCUUAAAGUUCACCAACGCAUUCACACUGGAGAGAAACCUUACUGGUGUGAGCAAUGUGGGAAAAUGUUUUCUCAGACUGCUGCAUAUUUAAAGGUACAUUUCCGCAUCCAUACUGGAGAGAGACCUUACAGCUGUGACCAAUGUGGCAAAACUUUCAAUGAGAUGCAGAACCUGAGAAUGCAUCAACGCAUCCAUACUGGAGAGAAACCUUACAGCUGUGACCAAUGUGGCAACACUUUCAGUAAAAUAAAUAGCCUGAGAAUGCACCAACGCAUCCAUACUGGAGAGAAACCUUACAGCUGUGACCAAUGCAACAAGUCCUUUGCUCAAAAGAGUGCCUGGAGGACCCACACAAAUGGUCAUACUGGAGAGAAACCAUACAGCUGUGACAAAUGUAACAAGUCCUUUGCUGCACAGAGUUCCUUGAGCGUCCACAAGCAUGUUCAUACUGGAGAGAAACCAUACAGCUGUGACCAAUGUAACAAGUCCUUUGCUCAACAGAGUAAUCUUGAAGUCCACCGACGCAUUCACACUGGAGAGAAGCCGUACCCCUGUGACCAAUGUGGGAAAACCUUUACUCAGAGUUCUCACCUUAAAACUCACCAACGGGUUCACACUGGAGAGAAACCCUACCGCUGUCAGCUCUGUGACAAAUCCUUCACAACAGCUGGAAGUUUAAAGAUACAUCUACGGGUUCACACUGGAGAGAAGCCGUACAGCUGUGACCAAUGUGGGAAAGCUUUUACCUGGGCACAGAGCCUUAGACAACAUAAACUAAUUCACUCUGGAGAGAAGCCGUACAGCUGUGACCAGUGUGGGAAAGCUUUUACCACUGCACAGCACCUGAAACGGCAUCAACGCAUUCACACUGGAGAGAAGCCGUACAGCUGUGACCAAUGUGGGAAAGCUUUUACCACUGCACAGCACCUGAAACAGCAUCAACGCAUUCACACUGGAGAGAAGCCGUACAGCUGUGACCAAUGUGGGAAAGCUUUCACCUGGACACAGAGCCUUAGACAACAUAAACUAAUUCACUCUGGAGAGAACCCGUACAGCUGUGACCAGUGUGGGAAUUCUUUCACCACUGCACAGCACCUGAAACAGCAUCAACGCAUUCACACUGGAGAGAAGCCAUACAGCUGUGACCAGUGUGGGAACACUUUCACCACUGCACGGGACCUAAAACGGCAUCACCGCAUUCACACUGGAGAGAAGCCGUACAGCUGUGACCAGUGUGGGAAAGCUUUCAAUCGGGCAGGUAACCUGAAACAACAUCAACUCAUUCAUUCUGGAGAAAAACUGUACAGUUGUGAUAAGUGUGGGAGAGCUUUCAACAACUCACCGAACCUGAGACAGCAUAAACGAAUUCACACUGGAGAGAAGCCGUACAGCUGUGAUCAGUGUGGGAAUUCUUUCACUCAGACACGUCACCUGAGAAGGCAUGAACUCAUUCACACUGGAGAGAAGCUGUACCUCUGUGACCAGUGUGGGAAAGCUUUUUCCACGGCAUGUAACCUGAAAAAACAUCAAUACGUUCAUACUGGAGAGAAACCGUACAGCUGUGACCAAUGUCAGAAAACCUUUGUCUCCACAGAUCAUCUAAAAUGCCACAGACGUGUUCACACUGGAGAGAAACCGUACUGGUGUGAACAAUGUGGGAAAACAUUUUCAAAACGUAAUUCCCUUGAUUCUCACCGACGUGUUCAUAAUGGGGAGAAACCGUACUGGUGCGAAAUAUGUGGGAAAAAGUUUUCCUGGAUUGCUGGAAGUUUAAAGAUACAUCUACGGGUUCACACUGGAGAGAAGCCAUACAGCUGUGACCAAUGUGGGAAAACUUUUACCUGGGCACAGAGCCUUAGACAACAUGAACUAAUUCACUCUGGAGAGAAGCCGUACAGCUGUGACCAGUGUGGCAACACUUUCAACACUGCACAGCACCUGAAAGGGCAUCAACGCAUUCACACUGGAGAGAAGCCAUACAGCUGUUACCAGUGUGGGAAAGCUUUUACUCAGGCAGGUAACCUGAGAAGGCACGAAUUCAUUCACUCUGGAGAGAAGCCAUACAGCUGUGACCAGUGUGGGAAAGCUUUCACUCAGGCAGGUAACCUGAAACAACAUCAACGCAUUCAUUCUGGAGAAAAACUGUACAGUUGUGAUAAGUGUGGGAGAGCUUUCAACAGCUCACAGAGCCUGAGACAGCAUAAACGAAUUCACACUGGAGAGAAGCCGUACAGCUGUGAUCAGUGUGGGAAUUCUUUCACUCAGGCACGUCACCUGAGAAGGCAUGAACUCAUUCACUCUGGAGAGAAGCUGUACCUCUGUGACCAGUGUGGGAAAGCUUUUUCCACUGCAUGUAACCUGAAAAAACAUCAAUACGUUCAUACUGGAGAGAAACUGUACAGCUGUGACCAAUGUCAGAAAACCUUUGUCUCCACAGAUCAUCUAAAAUGCCACAGACGUGUUCACACUGGAGAGAAACCGUACUGGUGUGAACAAUGUGGGAAAACAUUUUCACGAAGUAAUUCCCUUGAUUCUCACCGACGUGUUCAUAAUGGGGAGAAACCGUACUGGUGUGAAAUAUGUGGGAAAAAGUUUUCCUGGAUUGGUUCCCUUAAAAUACAUCAGCGCACUCACACAAAGUCUUCUUAAGGACUCAAACAUCACCGCUGUCAGCUCUGUGAGAAAUCCUUCACAACAGCUGGACGCCUGAAGGUUCACCAAUGGGUUCACACUGGAGAGAAACCGUACAGCUGUGACCAGUGUGGGAACGCUUUCACCACGACACAGGGCCUGAGAGAACAUCAACGCAUUCACACUGGAGAGAAGCCAUACAGCUGUGACCAGUGUGGGAACGCUUUCACCACGGCACGGAGCCUGAGAAAACAUCAACGUGUUCACACUGGAGAGAAACCGUACAGCUGUGACCAGUGUGGAAGUACUUUUUCACAAAGUGGAGGCCUUAAUGUUCACCGACGUGUUCACACUGGAGAGAAACCGUACAGCUGUGACCAGUGUGAAAAAACUUUUUCGCGAUUGAGUCACCUUGUUGCUCACCAACGUGUUCACACUAGAGAGAAGCCCUACAGCUGUGACCAGUGUGGGAACGCUUUCACUACGUCAGGGAGCCUGAGACAACAUCAACGUGUUCACACUGGAGAGAAACCAUACUGGUGUGACAAAUGUGGGAAAACUUUUUCACAAAGUAAUAACCUUGAUGCUCACCGACGUGUUCACACUGGAGAGAAACCGUACUGGUGUGACCGAUGUGGGAAAACAUUUUCUGAGAUGAGUAUCCUUAAAAAACACCAACGCAUUCACACUGGAGAGAAACCUUACAGCUGUGACCAAUGUGGGAACACUUUCACCAGGGCACAGAGCCUGAGAGAACAUCAACGCAUUCAUACUGGAGAGAAACCGUACAGCUGUGACCAGUGUGGGAACACUUUCACCAGGGCACAGAACCUGAGAGAACAUCAACGCAUUCAUACUGGAGAGAAACCGUACAGCUGUGACCAGUGUGGGAACACUUUCACCGCCGCACAGCACCUGAGAACACAUCAACGCACUCAUACUGGAGAGAAACCGUAUGGCUGCGAGCAAUGUGAUAAAACCUUUUCGCAAUCGAGUAACCUUGAUGUUCACCGCCGCAUUCAUACUGGAGAAAAACCGUACAGCUGUGACCAGUGUGGGAACACUUUCACCACUGCACACCAUCUGAAACUGCAUCAACGCAUUCACACUGGAGAGAAACCGUACAGCUGUGACCAAUGUGGGAACACUUUCACCACUGCACGGUCCCUGAGACAGCAUCAACACAUUCAUACUGGUGAGAAACCAUACAGCUGUGACCAGUGUGGGAAGACUUUCACCACUGCACGGUCCCUGAGACAGCAUCAAAACAUUCAUACUGGAGAGAAACCAUACAGCUGUGCCCAGUGUGAUAAAACCUCUUCGCAUAGGAGUUCCCUUUAUAUUCACAGACGCAUUCACACUGGAGAGAAACCAUACGGCUGUGACCAGUGUGGGAACACUUUCACCACGGCACAGCACCUGAGACUGCAUCAACGCAUUCACACUGGAGAGAAACCAUACAGAUGUGACCAGUGUGAUAAAACAUUUUCGCAUAAGGGUACUCUUGAUUAUCAUCGACGUGUUCACUCUGGAGAGAAACCGUACAACUGUGAUCAGUGUGAGACCGCUUUCACCACAGCACAGAACCUGAAAACACAUCGACGUAUUCACACUGGAGAGAAACCAUACAGAUGUGACCAGUGUCAUAAAAGCUUUUCGCAAAGGGGUAAUCUAGAUGUUCACCGACGCAUUCACACUGGAGGGAAACCAUACAGCUGUGGCCAAUGUGGCCAUGCUUUCACUAAAGCAAAGAGCCUGAGACAACAUUUCCGCAUCCAUACUGGAGAGAGACCUUACAGCUGUGACCAAUGUGGCAAAACUUUCAAUGAGAUGCAGAACCUGAGAAUGCAUCAACGCAUCCAUACUGGAGAGAAACCUUACAGCUGUGACCAAUGUGGCAACACUUUCAGUCAAAUACGAAACCUGAGAAUGCACCAACGCAUCCAUACUGGAGAGAAACCUUACAGCUGUGACCAAUGCAACAAGUCCUUUGCUCAAAAGAGUGCCUGGAGGACCCACACAAAUGGUCAUACUGGAGAGAAACCAUACAGCUGUGACAAAUGUAACAAGUCCUUUGCUGCACAGAGUUCCUUGAGGGUCCACAAGCAUGUUCAUACUGGAGAGAAACCAUACAGCUGUGACCAAUGUAACAAGUCCUUUGCUCAACCGGGUCAUCUUGAAGUCCACCGACGCAUUCACACUGGAGAGAAGCCAUACCCUUGUGACCAAUGUGGGAAAACCUUUACUCAGAGUUCUCACCUUAAAACUCACCAACGGGUUCACACUGGAGAAACCCUACCAUAUUUAUGUCAGCUCUGUGACAAAUCCUUCACAACAGCUGGAAGUUUAAAGAUACAUCUACGGGUUCACACUGGAGAGAAGGCGUACAGCUGUGACCAAUGUGGGAAAGCUUUUACCUGGGCACAGAGCCUUAGACAACAUAAACUAAUUCACUCUGGAGAGAAGCCGUACAGCUGUGACCAGUGUGGGAAAGCUUUUACCACUGCAAAGCACCUGAAACGGCAUCAACGCAUUCACACUGGAGAGAAGCCGUACAGCUGUGACCAAUGUGGGAAAGCUUUUACCACUGCACAGCACCUGAAAGGGCAUCAACGCAUUCACACUGGAGAGAAGCCGUACAGCUGUGACCAAUGUGGGAAAGCUUUCACCUGGACACAGAGCCUUAGACAACAUAAACUAAUUCACUCUGGAGAGAACCCGUACAGCUGUGACCAGUGUGGGAAUUCUUUCACCACUGCACAGCACCUGAAACAGCAUCAACGCAUUAACACUGGAGAGAAGCCAUACAGCUGUGACCAGUGUGGGAACACUUUCACCACUGCAUGGGACCUAAAACGGCAUCACCGCAUUCACACUGGAGAGAAGCCAUACAGCUGUGACCAGUGUGGGAAAGCUUUCAAUCGGGCAGGUAACCUGAAACAACAUCAACUCAUUCAUUCUGGAGAAAAACUGUACAGUUGUGAUAAGUGUGGGAGAGCUUUCAACAACUCACCGAACCUGAGACAGCAUAAACGAAUUCACACUGGAGAGAAGCUGUACCGCUGUGAUCAGUGUGGGAAUUCUUUCACUCAGGCACAUCACCUGAGAAGGCAUGAACUCAUUCACACUGGAGAGAAGCUGUACCUCUGUGACCAGUGUGGGAAUGCUUUUUCCACGGCAUGUAACCUGAAAAAACAUCAAUACGUUCAUACUGGAGAGAAACCGUACAGCUGUGACCAAUGUCAGAAAACCUUUGUCUCCACAGAUCAUCUAAAAUGCCACAGACGUGUUCACACUGGAGAGAAACCGUACUGGUGUGAACAAUGUGGGAAAACAUUUUCAAAACGUAAUUCCCUUGAUUCUCACCGACGUGUUCAUAAUGGGGAGAAACCGUACUGCUGUGACCAAUGUGGGAAAGCUUUCACCACGGCACAGGUCCUGAGACAACAUCAACGUGUUCACACUGGAGAGAAACCGUACAGCUGUGAGCAGUGUGAGAAAACUUUUUCACAAAGAGGUCACCUUGUUGCUCACCGACGCGUUCACACUGGAGAGAAGCCCUACAGCUGUGACCAGUGUGGGAGUGAUUUCACCACGGCAAAGAGCCUGAGACAACAUAAACUAAUUCACUCUGGAGAGAAGCCGUACAGCUGUGACCAGUGUGGGAACGCUUUCACCACGGCACAGGUCCUGAGACAACAUCAACGUGUUCACACUGGAAAGAAACCGUACAGCUGUGAGCAGUGUGAGAAAACUUUUUCACAAAAAGGUCACCUUGUUGCUCACCGACGCGUUCACACUGGAGAGAAGCCCUACAGCUGUGACCAGUGUGGGAGUGAUUUCACCACGGCACAGAGCCUAAGACGACAUCAACGUGUUCACACUGGAGAGAAACCGUACAGCUGCGACCAGUGUGGUAAUACUUUUUCACAAAGUGACCACCUUAAUGUUCACCGACGUGUUCACACUGGAGAGAAACCGUACAGCUGCGACCAGUGUGGUAAUACUUUUUCACAAAGUGACAGCCUUAAUGUUCACCGACGGGUUCACACUGGAGAGAAGCCCUACAGCUGUGACCAGUGUGGGAGUGAUUUCACCACGGCACAGAGCCUGAGACGACAUCAACGUGUUCACACUGGAGAGAAACCAUACUGGUGUGAACAAUGUGGGAAAACCUUUUCACAAAGUGGUGACCUUAAAGUCCACUUACGAGUUCACACUGGAGACAAACCAUACUGGUGUGACCAGUGUGGGAGUGAUUUCACCACGGCACAGAGCCUGAGACGACAUCAACGUGUUCACACUGGAGAGAAACCGUACAGAUGUAGCCAGUGUGGUAAUACCUUUUCACAAACUCGAAGUUUAAGGCGUCACCUACAGGUUCACACUGGGGAGAAACCGUACAGCUGUGACCAGUGUGGGAGCGCUUUCACCAUGGCAACGACCCUGAGACGACAUCAACGCAUUCACACUGGAGAGAAGCCGUACAGCUGUGACCAAUGUGGGAAAGCUUUCACCACGGCACAGAGCCUGAGAAACCAUGAACGUAGUCAUACUGGAGAGAAACUGUACAACUGUGAUCAAUGUGUAAAAGCUUUCACCACAUCACAGGGCCUGAGACAACAUCAACCCAUUCACAUUGGAGCAAAGCCGUACGGCUGCUACCAAUGUCGGAAGGCUUUCACCACAGCACAGAAUCUGAGAGAACAUAUACAAGUUCACAUGGGAGAGAAACCGUACUGGUGUGAACAAUGUGGGAAAAGGUUUUCUCGGAGUAGUCACCUUAAAGUUCACCAACGCAUUCACACUGGAGAGAAACCGUACUGGUGUGAACAAUGUGGGAAAAGGUUUUCUCAGAGUAGUUCCCUUAAAGUUCACCAACGCAUUCACACUGGAGAGAAACCUUACUGGUGUGAGCAAUGUGGGAAAAUGUUUUCUCAGACUGGUAACCUUAAAGUACAUUUCCGCAUCCAUACUGGAGAGAGACCUUACAGCUGCGACCAAUGUGGCAACACUUUCCGUCAAAUAAAGAACCUGAGAAUGCAUCAACGCAUCCAUACUGGAGAGAAACCUUACAGCUGUGACCAAUGUGGCAACACUUUCAGUCAAAUACGGAACCUGAGAAUGCACCAACGCAUCCAUACUGGAGAGAAACCUUACAGCUGUGACCAAUGCAACAAGUCCUUUGCUCAAAAGAGUGCCUGGAGGACCCACACAAAUGGUCAUACUGGAGAGAAACCAUACAGCUGUGACAAAUGUAACAAGUCCUUUGCUGCACAGAGUUCCUUGAGCGUCCACAAGCAUGUUCAUACUGGAGAGAAACCAUACAGCUGUGACCAAUGUAACCAGUCCUUUGCUCAACAGAGUAAUCUUGAAGUCCACCGACGCAUUCACACUGGAGAGAAGCCGUACCCCUGUGACCAAUGUGGGAAAACCUUUACUCAGAGUUCUCACCUUAAAACUCACCAACGGGUUCACACUGGAGAGAAACCCUACCGCUGUCAGCUCUGUGACAAAUCCUUCACAACAGCUGGAAGUUUAAAGAUACAUCUACGGGUUCACACUGGAGAGAAGCCGUACAGCUGUGACCAAUGUGGGAAAGCUUUUACCUGGGCACAGAGUCUUAGACAACAUAAACUAAUUCACUCUGGAGAGAAGCCGUACAGCUGUGACCAGUGUGGGAGAGCUUUCACUCAGGCAGGUAACCUGAAACAACAUCAACUCAUUCAUUCUGGAGAAAAACUGUACAGUUGUGAUAAGUGUGGGAGAGCUUUCAACAACUCACCGAACCUGAGACAGCAUAAACGAAUUCACUCUGGAGAGAACCCGUACAGCUGUGACCAGUGUGGGAAUUCUUUCACUCAGGCACAUCACCUGAGAAGGCAUGAACUCAUUCACUCUGGAGAGAAGCUGUACCUCUGUGACCAGUGUGGGAAUGCUUUUUCCACGGCAUGUAACCUGAAAAAACAUCAAUACGUUCAUACUGGAGAGAAACCGUACAGCUGUGACAAAUGUCAGAAAACCUUUGUCUCCACAGAUCAUCUAAAAUGCCACAGACGUGUUCACACUGGAGAGAAACCGUACUGGUGUGAAUAUUGUGGGAAAACAUUUUCACAACGUAAUCACCUUGAUUCUCACCGACGUGUUCAUAAUGGGGAGAAACCGUACUGGUGUGAAAUAUGUGGGAAAAAGUUUUCCUGGAUUGCUGGACGCCUGAAGGUUCACCAAUGGGUUCACACUGGAGAGAAGCCGCACAGCUGCGACCAGUGUGGGAACGCUUUCACCACGACGCAGGGCCUGAGACAACAUCAACGUAUUCAUACUGGAGAGAAGCCAUACAGCUGUGACCAGUGUGGGAACGCUUUCAUCACGGCACGGAGCCUGAGACAACAUCAACGUGUUCACACUGGAGAGAAACCGUACAGCUGUGACCAGUGUGGGAACGCUUUCACCACGGCACAGGUCCUGAGAAAACAUCAACGUAUUCAUACUGGAGAGAAACCGUACAGCUGUGACCAGUGUGGAAGUACUUUUUCACAAAGUGGAGGCCUUGAUGCUCACCGACGUGUUCACACUGGAGAGAAACCGUACAUCUGUGACCAGUGUGAAAAAACUUUUUCGCGAUUGAGUCACCUUGUUGCUCACCAACGUGUUCACACUGGAGAGAAGCCCUACAGCUGUGACCAGUGUGGGAACACUUUCACUACGUCAGGGAGCCUGAGACAACAUCAACGUGUUCACACUGGAGAGAAACCAUACUGGUGUGACAAAUGUGGGAAAACUUUUUCAAAAAGUCGUACCCUUGAUGCUCACCUACGUGUUCACACUGCAGAGAAACCGUACAGCUGUGACCAAUGUGGCCAUGCUUUCACUCAUGCAAAAAGUCUGAGACGACAUCGAUGCAGUCAUACAGAAGAGGAGAUGAAUAAACAGAGACCCAAAAUAGUUCAAACUUUGAACAAACCUUUAUUCUUGUGGAAUUCUGAUAAAAUCAAACUAUAAUUUUAAACAUUGAUCUGUUGUUACUGUCAUUCUCAGAAUCACCAUGGUCAUUAUUAUUAAUUAUCUGACACCAGGAAGAUAAUAAAUAUCAUUAAACCCUGCACAGCCUGUAAUCAGUGCGGGAAUGUAACUUAUUAAAUUUAAUCAAGUACUGUAAUGGUAGUUGUACUUAGUUGAAUAAUAAUGAUUUUACCCCUGGAGAUUUAACAUGAAAUAAAAAUGUUUAAAUGUAUAAUUAUUGAAGAUUCUUACAUGAAUCCAGAAUUAAACACGUGAAAAAAAGGACAUUUCUUAUCUGGAUUUUUAUUCUGUGUUAUGUUUUUAUAUUUAGAAUUUUUAUUUUCUUUCAAUUUGUUGACUUGUAUUUUUAAUCUUGCCAUAUAUAUUGAUGGGGAUAUAUUGAUUUGAUAAACUCUGUAACUAGUAAACUCUGUAACUUCAGUUCCUUUGAGUUAAGUUCUCCACGUCAGCAGUGUUUGCAUUACUGCUGGAAAACAUGUUUAUAUGUCUGGAUCGAUACAGAUGUUCACAUCUGCACUGACUCACCAAACAUGGAUCAUCACACGUCUCCAGCUUGGAGGGACAAAGUGCGUCUCUCUGCAAAUAACAUCUGCGUGCCAUCGGACCAUCAACUCAAUGAAUUCUUGUAACUUGGUCAGAUCUUCUUGAUCCUAUUUGGCUGAUAGAACUCUGUCCCUAUCCAGCUGAACAGUGUGAUGUGACUCUGUUUCUACAUGAUUGAUAUUCUUGUCUGACUUGUAUCAUCAUCAUAAUCUUUGUAUUUUUUCUAUAUAUCAUCUUUUAUUAAAAUGACUUAAAGAAAAGCAUGUUUUAAUAGUUUUAUUUCUCACUAAGGAAUCAUUCAUUAAAUUCCUCAAUAAAUUAACAGCAUAUUCUGUAGUUAAAAUGAGCCCUAUGCUGACAACAGUAAAAUGCUGCUCACAUGAAGCAGCUCCUUCGUC